GAAUGUAUCUCGAUGCACGUGGGCCAAGCGGGUGUUCAAAUGGGCAAUGCUUGCUGGGAACUUUAUUGUCUGGAGCAUGGAAUUCAACCGGAUGGAACGAUCCCGUCAGACAAAGUGUCCGGAACAAACGAUUGCUUUAACACAUUUUUCAACGAGACUAGUUCUGGCAAAAUGGUACCGCGUGCUGUAAUGGUCGACCUAGAGCCUACGGUUGUUGACGAAGUAAGAAUAGGACGUUACAAGCAGUUGUAUCACCCAGAACAAUUAAUCACCGGGAAAGAAGACGCGGCGAACAAUUAUGCUCGAGGUCACUAUUCCAUUGGUAGAGAAGUAAUUGAUUCUGUAAUGGAUCGAGUACGAAGGCUGACCGAUCAGUGUACCGGACUUCAGGGAUUUUUCGUGUUCCAUUCGUUUGGAGGAGGUACCGGAUCGGGAUUCACCUCGUUACUCAUGCAAAAACUCUCCGACGAUUACGGGAAAAAGAGCAAAUUAGAAUUUGCCGUGUAUCCUGCGCCACAAGUAUCUACCGCGGUUGUAGAACCGUAUAACGCAAUUUUGACGACUCAUACUACAAUAGGACACUCGGAUUGCGCAUUUAUGGUGGACAAUGAAGCAAUUUACGACAUUUGUAGGCGGAAGCUUGGUAUCGAACGGCCUUCAUACGCGAAUCUGAAUCGACUUAUCAGUCAAGUGGUAUCGUCGAUAACCGCCUCUCUGCGGUUCGACGGUGCUUUGAACGUAGAUUUGACGGAAUUUCAAACGAAUUUAGUACCCUAUCCUAGAAUUCAUUUCCCCUUGGCGACUUACGCCCCGGUUGUAUCAGUUGACAAAGCUUUCCACGAAGGGAUGUCUGUCGCGGAGAUAACAUCGGAAUGUUUCGAAGCGUCGAAUCAAAUGGUAAAAUGCGACCCCCGCGAAGGGAAAUACAUGGCCUGUUGCCUACUCUAUCGCGGCGAAGUCGUGCCGAAAGAUGUAAACGCAGCUAUUGCCGCGAUGAAAAGGAAAAGUUGCAUACGUUUCGUCGAUUGGUGUCCGACUGGCUUCAAAGUUGGCAUCAAUUAUCAACCGCCUACCGUUGUGCCUGGUGGAGACCUUGCCAAGGUACAAAGAGCGGUAUCGAUGUUGUCGAAUACCACCGCUAUCGAGGAAGCAUGGGCAAAAUUAAAUUACAAAUUCGAUCUGAUGUAUCACAAACGAGCGUUUAUUCAUUGGUAUGUCGGCGAAGGUAUGGAAGAAGGAGAAUUUACGGAGGCGCGCGACGAUCUUGCUGCGUUAGAGAGAGAUUACGAAGAAGUCGCACUCGAAUCGUCAACCACACCGGACGCUUCGCUGGAAUUUUAAACAUAAAUACGUCGUGGUCCAGUCCAUUCAAGUCUAUUCCGGCAUCUUCCAGCUACCCGAACUAACCAUACAAAUUAAUCAUGUGCAAAACAAAACAAAAAUACCACC